AUAGGUUAGAUACAUUUAGUUACAUGUACCUAGUUAUGCCAGCACGGUUAAGAAAGAACCUUGCUGAAAGCUCCCUAGGGUAGUUUUGUUAGAAAUGUUACACGUUCUAGUGUCAGUUGUUUGUAAUAUAAGUGUUUUCUUACUGCACUGUGCUUUCUUCUUCAGGAUAAUAUCUGCUACCUUUCAGGAACAAAGGACCUAAAUAACCAAACAAAUUGAAUGUUGAACUAUUCUGAAACAAAUCAGGUUUAAAGCAAUUAAGUAUAUUACUGAAUACAUAAUUAAGUCUGACUUUUGCAGCUUUUAAAAAUCUGCACAUAAUAGCGAAUGCAUUCAGAAGUUCAGUAUUUUAUAUCUACUAUUUUAAGAGUCUAACAGCGGCACUUUGGCACAAGUACAGCAGGCACCUUUUGCACCACAGAGCUGGACAGCCUCAGUGAAUGAACAGUUCAAGGAAUGAAGUGUGUUUUUUUAUUUUCAGUCACUGAAAGUAAAGUAGCUGUAUGAAAGUGAGGGGGUGACACAAAAGUCCUUGAGGUUCAUUCUGAAAAGAGAAGAAACACGGGAAUUACAGACCGUACCUUUCUAAGAUGAAAACUAAACCAGCUCUUUCUUAUACUUGGGCUGUUUUCAUAAUCCUUCUUACAGUGGAAUCCUGGGCUGCACCAAAGAGUAAGGUUCUAGUGAGGAAUUGGGGCCCACAAUCAAUGCUCUACCUCAAAGGAAAAUAUGGCAGAAGAUAUGCAGCUGAAACUGAUGACGCAGUUUAUAAAAUUGACUUGGCAGACUGGAAUUUUUUUCUUAAAAGUGGGAACCUGGAUCUGAAGCAUCAAAUUCCAAUAAAGAGAAGCAGGAUUCCGAAAAGAGUGCAAUGCUUUGAAUACUGAAGAGUUCUAUCUCCAAGAGUCGAAGCAUUAAUAUGCACAUGGCACUUGAAGAGAAACAGCAUUAGAAAAAUCAUAAUGCCUGUAAGCUGUGCAGACCACAUGCUUGACUGUAAAUGAAGAUUGUUUAUCCCACCUAAUAUGUCCAAGCCACUGCCUGCUGGAUACUUUGCUAAUUCCAUAUAAGCAAUACAAUACAUUCUAUUGUCACUAGAACUGCUUUGUGUUUUGUUCCUUGCAUACUGAUUAAAAAUAUUGAUUUUGUAGUCAAAACAUCUACUAGAUAAGUAGGUUAUACCAGUCAUCUACUGCUCUAUGAAAAAAUACUUCCCUACAUAACCCCAGUUGUGUCUUUUCUCAGUAUUCAGAGUAUGAUAACUUGCUCUUAAUUCCUGCUUUUUCUGAAACAUACAGCAUGUUGCUGCACUGAUCAAUGCAAGUGCUAGCAUGUUUUCUUUUUUCUCACAGACUGAGCAAUUCUUCUUCUUUUACGUACAAUAACCAUAGUAAGGUCCUUUAGUAUGCUUUGUCUAAGUUUUGGUAUAGGCCCUGUAUCAUUUUAUUAGUUCAUAGACAAGCCAUAAGCUAGCUGCCAUUGCAGGCCCUUUCAUACCUCUCAACCCAGAAACAAAAAAAAUCUGGACAAAGGCCCAUGAA